AUGCAGUGUUCUCAUCUGAAAAACAUUCUUGUCCUGUCAUUUGGAAUUUUACUUUUGUACACUGCUUAUAUGGGUCUUCAGACUCUGCAAAGCAGUCUAAAUAAGAUUGAAGGACUUGGAGUUGCAUCUUUGAGCGUGAUGUAUGUUUCCCUGAGUAUAUCAUCCUUGCUACUUCCACCACUUCUGAUAAAGAAACUCGGCUGCAAAUGGACUAUUGUGGCUUCAAUGUUCUGUUUCAUUUCCUACAGCCUGUGCAACUUCUACCCAAGCUGGCCUACGCUGAUCAUUUCAUCCAUUCUAGUGGGUAUAGGAGGAGGACCACUUUGGGCUAGCAAAAGCACAUACAUCACAAUAAUUGGAAACAAAUAUUCAGAAAUGUGUGGAAAAGUGGCAAAAGAUGUAGUAAACCAAUACUUUGGAAUGUUUUUCCUUAUUGUUCAAACUUGUCGUGUUUGGGGAAAUUUAAUUUCUUCACUGAUAUUUCAUCUUACACGAAAUGAAGGGGGUCUUGAUGCUAUGAAUCAAACCAUUUGUGGAGCUGGUGACUGUCCAGCUGAAUUGUCUAACUCUUUAAAUGGCACAACGAAAGGCCCAUCAAAGACUGUAAUUUACAUUCUGCUUGGAUCAUAUACUGGUUGUGGUGUAUUAGCUGUGUUGUUAAUCAUUCUAUUUUUGGAUCAAACCCAAGAAGACAAAGUGAAAAGAGAUUCUGAAAACGUGUGUUCUUCACUGCUAGCAGCCUGCAAACAACUGCGUGAUAAACGUCAAUGUCUCUUAAUCCCACUCACAAUGUUUAGUGGUUUUGAGCAAGGAUUUAUUGCAAGUGAUUUUACAAAGUCAUAUGUGACCUGCAUUUUGGGACUAAAAUACGUAGGAUUUGUAAUUAUAUGCUUUGGAGUAACCAACGCCAUUUGUGCAGCACUGUUUGGAAAGCUUGUCCAAUAUACUGGCAGAAUUCCAUUGUUUCUUCUCGGUGCGGCUAUAAAUGUGGGUUGCAUUAUUGGAUUCUUGGUAUGGAAACCAAGUACUGGUAAUUUUGCCAUAUUUUUCAUCAUGUCUGCUCUUUGGGGAAUCGCCGAUGCUGUUUGGCAAACACUACUGAGCUCCUUGUAUGGAGUUCUGUUUGAGAAGAACAAAGAAGCUGCCUUUGCCAAUUUUUCUCUUUGGGAAUCUAUUGGAUUUGCCAUUGCCUUUGGAUAUAGCUCCUUCCUCUGUGUCUACGUAAAGCUGUACAUAUUGAUGUGUGUUGUAGUGUUGGGAAUUUUACUUUAUGGAGCAGUGGAAUACAUUGAGUAUACAAAUUCACCCACACUUAAUGAAGAGGGUCCAAAGGAGCAACAGCCAGUGCCACCCGCCACAGCCUAA